AUGAUCAUUCUGUCCGAGUUCUCUGCCGUCGUUGUGGACAAGCUACCUCAGGUGUUUGUGGUCAAGUACCUGGGUCACCGUGUGGUGUCUGGUGUGUGUGGCCUGCACCACGUGAGGAAACCGGUGGACGAGAUGGUGGCGGCGGUUAGGUCAAAGGUUGACGACAAGGCGAAGGCGGAGCUCCCGCUACUCUACGUCGUGGUCAGCCCUAAAGGCCUUGACCUUCGCGAGCACAAGAGCAACAAGGUCCAGGGCUCGGCUCCCCUGGGGCUGAUGCCGAUCGACUUCAUCUCCUACGGCGUGCAGGACAUCAAGUACUGGCGUGUCUUCACCUGCAUCGUCGUGCGCGAGCUGUCGUCACGGUCACGCUCGGCCACCUGCCACGCCUUCCUCUGUGACUCCUCCCACAACGGCCGCAAGAUGGCGCUGUCCCUGGGUGCGGCGUUUAACAUGUACUCCAAGCAGCUGAGGGUGGACGGGAAGCCGCAUAACUUCCAGAUAGAGUUGCGUCCCCCUGAUGAGCUGGCUGAUACGCUGAAUGCGGAGUGUGAGGCGUAGGUGGU